AGUUCGACGGGGCCACCGACCGAGAACGGGCUCCAACGCGUUGCGGACCGUGCACCACGUUCCGAAAGCCGACGCGAGAGGUCAAGGAUGACAUAUAAGUGCCGAAACGUCGACCGAGAGACACAGUUCGCGGGACGCCCAUUCAUCUCGGCACCUGGUGCACUAUUACAGGCGCCGUAGGACGUCACGUCGUUAUCUAGGUGCGUGGAGAAAGUGAUAACGUCCUCCGCGUGUGAAUCCGCGAGACUGCUUCAUUCAGUCGAUCUCUUGACCCCGGUUCAGAGAUAAACCUCGGCGAGAUACGCGGGGCUCGGUUUCGUAGUGUUCUGUGUGAGGGAUUGGCACCGGACUUGCUAGAAAACAAACACGGAGGAUAUCUGCUGCGGUUCAGUCGGUGGUUUGGCAGAGGACUGUUUUUUUUUUUUCAACGCGGUCGGAAUAAUUGCAUUAGCUUCAAAAAAACGCUUCACACUCGAAGUAGUUCAAAUGAACCGAGAAUUCUUACCGCUAGUCUUAGUUUUCAAGCGUGCCUAGUACAACUAGUGCCUAGUAGUUUGAUGUUCCGAACGCGAUGAAGUGAUGGAUCGCGCAGCGACGGCCUCCAGGACUGCCAACUGACGAUAAUGGCAAGGAGAAAACGCCUGCUGAAGCUCAUCCUAGGCAUUCUCAUAGGGAUCUUCACGUCGCACCUGUUCACCUCCACCAAGCUGGCCACCUUCGACAUGUGCUACUCUCGCGAAAGAAAACACAUCACUCCCGUCCAGCUGAUCCGCGAGGAGGACGCCCGGGCCUCCAACAAGAACCUCCUCUUCGUCGGCGUGAUGACGGCGGCUAAGUACCUGGACUCGCGCGCCAAGGCUGUUUACGACACGUGGGGCAGGGAGGUGCCGGGCAAGGUGAUGUUCUACAGUUCGGAGUUCUCGUAUAGCGAGCACGUGCCCCUGGUGCCGCUGGACGGCGUCGACGACGGGUAUCCGCCGCAGAAGAAGUCCUUCAUGAUGCUGAAGCACAUGCACGACCACUACGUCGACCAGUACGAAUGGUUCCUGAGAGCCGACGACGACGUCUACAUCCGGCCCGACAGACUGGAGGACCUUCUCCGCUCCGUCGACAGCAAAAAACCAUGGUUCAUAGGGCAAACGGGGCGGGGGAACAGCGAGGAGUUCGGCCUGCUGUCCCUGGAGACCGACGAGAACUUCUGCAUGGGCGGGCCGGGCGUGAUCUUCAGCAGGGAGACGCUGAAGAGGAUAGCGCCCCACGUGGAAGACUGUCUGGAGCACCUGUACACCACCCACGAGGACGUGGAGCUGGGCAGAUGCGUGAGGAGGUUCGCCGGGAUAUCCUGCACGUGGUCCUAUGAGAUGCAAGUCAUCCUCUACCACAACCAGAGCGGGGAGAACGCCUUCACGGGGGACCUGAAGCAGAAGGAAGUCCACCGUGCCAUCACCAUGCACCCGGUGAAGCAGCCGCAGUACAUGUAUCGGCUGCACAGAUAUGUCAAGGGUUUGAAAAUUCAGAACGACCAGCAGGAGAGCAUCCUGCUGCACCGAGACAUCGCUCUGUCUAUGCAGGAACUGGGAUACCGUGUCAGUAGACUAGAUUUCGCCGAACUCGUGAAAGGCCUGCCGCUGUUUCCUAUACACCGUGGAGCCGAUGGCUAUCUUGGUGACACCAAUGUCUUGGAUAAAUCCUAA